AUGGCACUUAGCGCGGCACGUCAACAGUCAUCCAAUCUGAUGCAAUUCAAUGAGGAUAUCAUUAAGCAGCUAACAGCUGAAGAAAUCGAUGAAUUCCGCGAAGCAUUUAUGAUGUUUGAUAAAGAUGGUAAUGGAACUAUUUCUACUAAAGAAUUGGGUAUUGCGAUGCGAUCAUUGGGGCAAAAUCCUACCGAACAAGAAAUAAUGGAAAUGAUUAAUGAAGUAGACAUCGAUGGUAAUGGACAAAUCGAAUUUACUGAAUUUUGCGUAAUGAUGAAGCGAAUGAUGAAGGAAACAGAUUCGGAAAUGAUCCGGGAAGCAUUCCGAGUCUUUGAUAAAGACGGAAACGGUGUUAUUACAGCUCAAGAAUUCCGAUAUUUCAUGGUUCACAUGGGUAUGCAGUUCAGUGAAGACGAGGUUGAUGAGAUGAUCCGAGAAGUUGAUGUAGAUGGAGAUGGUGACAUUGAUUAUGAGGAAUUCGUAAGAAUGAUGACUGAUCGAUAACAAUGAUAGCAGAUUCAUAACAACUUUCUAUUACCAUUCUUUCAUUUCCAGAAAUUGUUUCUGAGACUAAAUAACGACAUUAAUUCUACCAAACGAUAUAAUUAUCGUUAUUUAUUGAUCUCGCCUCAUUCUACUACACUUUUUUCUACUUUGUCUCUUCGGUUAAACUUCACUUGAAGGUUGUGCAAGUAGUGUGAAAUAAAGCUCUCC